UUGUUUAACAAACAAAUUAAUUAAUUAAAAAUUUUCAAAAACAUUAUUAUUAUUAUUAAACGACAUGAGCGACGGUAAUCAACCAGAUUUCCGGUUUGGUUGCGAUCGGGUUAGGAUCCGGUUCUGUCCCGAAUGCAAUAAUAUGCUAUAUCAGCGACAAAACAAAGAGCAACGGACUCUAGUAUUUUUCUGUCGGACCUGUCUAUAUCAACGAGAGGCUACUAAAGACCAGUACUGUGUCUAUAUUAAUAACAUCAAACAUGAUAUCAAUGAACUGUCCUUAAUUAAUCCCGAUUUGGUGGAUGACCCUACACUGGCCCGUACCUAUUGUCAUCCCUGUCCCAAAUGUCACCAUAAGGAGGCUGUUUUCAUGCAAGGGUCCCAUAAGGAGUCCAAUAAUAAAAUGAAAUUAUAUUAUGUCUGUACUAACGUUAGCUGCAAAUUCAAAUGGACUGAAUAAUUAAAUUUAAUUAAUUACCUGUAAUAAUAAUAAUAAUAAUUGUGUGUAAUUUAGAGGACAGGUACCCCUAAAUG